AUGGCGUCGGCGUCUCCGCCUCCCCCUCCCCCAACCGCCGGCGCGCGGCCCAAUCCCAGCAUACCCUCCCACUCGUCCUCCUCCUCCUUUUCCACCGUCUCCCCCCGCGGCCCCAUCCCCCUCUGCGGCGCCUCGAGGGCUUCCUCCGUCUCCUUCCAGCAACGGCGGGCAUCCCCUCUCGCCGGAAGGUCGCGCCUACCAGGCCCCAUCCGCUGCUCUGAUGCCUCCGGCGAGGUUGACGCAGUUAAUAUUGAAGAAACCAAGCAGCCACAAGGAGGCUCAACCGGGGAAAGAAAUAAUGGCAAAGACUUGUUCAGAAGAUUUUCACCUAAAGAGUUGCUAGAACAAUUGAAGAGAUAUGGUGCUGCUGGAGUUUUGUCAUAUGGACUACUUAAUACUGUGUAUUAUGUCACCACCUUUUUAUUAGUUUGGUUCCAUUUUUCGCCUGCUCCUGGUAGGAUGGGCUAUGCUGCAGCAGUGGAGAGGUUCCUUAAAUUAAUGGCAAUGGUGUGGGCUGGCAGUCAGGUUACUAAAAUUCUUCGCGCAGGAGGAGCUCUUGCACUUGCUCCUCUUGUUGAUAGAGGACUGAGAUGGUUCACUGUGAAGUUCAACUUCCAGUCAGAAGGAAAGGCAUUUGCGAUGAUCGUAGGGUUAUGCUUUGCACUUGCUGCGCUUAUGUUCGUUGGAUUGACAGUACUUUGGGCAUAG